AUGUCCCAAGUCGUUGAAAAACUCACCUCCACCCCCUUCCACUCCAAGUCCGUGGACCACAUCUUGUCGUACUCGUACGUGGAUGCCUUGGUCAAGUUCUUGUUGUCGUUCUCGCUCAUCAACUACGUCUACUCCCAGCUCGCUGUUCCUGCCUGGGACUUGGUCAACAGAAACAUUGUUUCCGCCAACCUGUUCAUCUACAAGCCGCUUGCCAGGGCCGACGCCGUGGUAGACCAGCAGGUGUUGUCCCACCUCGUGGACGAGGUGGCCUUGGGGUACCCCACCAAGUACGCCCACCACGUCAAUGUGACCUACUUGAAGCCCACCAACGACUACUUGUACGACCGUGUCGUCAACAAGUACUUGCCAGUGGCCGAAUACAAGUUUGAUGAGGGCAUCUCCGAGGCCCACCGUUUGGCUGCUAUUGUGUCGCAGCUCGUUGUCCGUCUCAGAAACCAGGUCUCCGACAAGUCGCAGGCCAUCUCCAAAAACAUCGUGUCCACCUACAACGAGGAGAUCAAGUCGGUGACCCAGGCCGAGCCCACCAUCUACAACAACUUGACUGCCUCCUACAACACCGCCACUAAGACGCUCACCUCGUUGAACGAGUCGCACAUCAAGCCAUUGCGCGCACAGACCCAGGAGUACGUGGCUGAGGUUGCUAGCAGCACCAGAAGCAAGGCCGACUCCUUAAUCACCGACGCCAAGCAGACCAUCAACCCUGCGUUGACUGCCGCCAACAACAAGGGCCACGAGUUGCUCAACGGAUCCACCAUCUCGGCCUCCGCCUAG